UUGCGUUGUGUUUAUAUUUACUCUAAUUCCUCUACCUUAAAGUCAAUUAUGUAACUUUAUCAGAAGUUUUGAAUUAUCCCAAGCAUGUUGCUGAUGUUAAAAAAAACUAUGUAAGUAUUACUAAGGAUGAUAUCAAGCAAUGAAUAGAUGACUUCCUGAUGGCUGCCAGGGAAUUUGAAAGCAUGCCUUCAAUGAAUGCUGUGUAUGUCUCUCUGAAAGAAGUUUUAGAAGUCAGAGGCAAGCCUCUUGAUGAAUGGGAACUUUGGGGUCUAAUGUAUGAAACAGUUCAAGCAGUGCUGGAUGUUUUUCUGAAAGGACUUGCAGCUUCAAAUGGCCUUCCCCAAUAUUUAGUUUCUGCGGAUAAUCUGUUAUGCUCUGCAAAUGGCCAUGUUAAAUUGACACCAAACAGAAUAGAAACAUUUAGUUACUUUGAUCCGGACUUACCUGAUAAAAAGCUUCCCUCAGAUGACUGCUCCUUAGAAAAGAUGUACGUUAAUUCAAUUGCCCAAACCAUACAGUAUGCAGCUAAUUAUUCAUUAGACGAGAAACAUCAGAAAAAGCUAUCGCCACUGAUGAAAACUGUUUUGCAAGCUAUGUGUCAAAAAAAUGAUUUACAGAUGGUCCUUUCUGAUGUGUGUGAAAUAUGCAAAAGUCAUGCCUUGAAGUACCUAAAUGGUUUUUCUUUUGAGAAAGCUGUUUGUUCCUUAUAUGAAGAAGUUCUAGGUGUGCCAGAAGAUGAAGAUUUAUACCAUUUAGAUGUAAAAAACAGCAACUGUAGAGAAAGACAUCCUUUAGAUGAAGGUAUGUCUGAUGAAGAUGAAAAAGCUAAGGUAAUCUCAGAAGAUUGCGGACGUAUCUCAUGCUCUGGAGUUAAUAUUAAUUCUAAUUUUGUGAUUCCUAAAACCCCUUUUAAUGCCAAAGAAAUGUGGAAAAAAGCAUAUGUUCAAGAAAUAAAAAAUAUAAGAAAGUCUAAGCCGACUGCUGAAAAAGACGUAGAGACUCCUAAUGAAGAAAUAUCUCCUGCAUCCACUAUUCAUUUGUAUUAUGAAGAUUUAAAGAAAAGAGAAAAAAAAUUGCAGUUGCUCAAAUUAAGUUCUGAAAUUCCUGACUAUCCUGUCUUUGAAGAUUUUGGUCCAUCUAUGCUGGACGGUUUGAAACCAAGAACAUCUACUAUUCCAAUGAUAUUAUCACAGAACCCUGCCAAUCUCCCUGCCAUAAACUCUAAGUCAUCUACAGAAGUUCCUAAUUGUGCUAUAGAAAGUUCUAAUGGUGCUAAAACUGAUGAUAAUGCAUUGGUGUGGCAACCUGAUUGUGUUUUUGAAAAACCUUACUAUGCAAUUGAUAAAGUGAUGCCCAAUUCUUUCAUCAAAUGGUCUGAAAUAUCAUUUCCUGGACCAGAAUUUAUCACUGGAAAACUUAAACCCCAUUAUCAACUGACAGUUCCUAUCCCUCAAAAUGGGAAAUAUUUGCAAUCAUGUUACGUUGCAGUUAUUUCUUUGUUGAAUGGAGAGCAUAUUGAUGUUCAGUGCUUACCUUCUACUACUGGUAGGCAACUCUAUCAGUUAAUCGCUGAUCAUUUGAAGCUGCAAGAACGAUACCUGUUUGGAUUGGCAUAUGAAGAAGGUGGAGAACAUGUCUUUUUAGAGAGGAAACAGCACAUAUCUGAAACAUUGCGCUCUUCUGCAACAAGCACUUCUGUUGUUUCUCCAACUGUGAUUAAAUUAAACCUCAGAGUGAAGUUUUUUGUUGAAGAUACACAUUUACUAAGGACACAUACUUUAAGACACAUGUUUUACCUUCAGCUGCGAAAGGAUUUCCUCGAUGACGAUUUUUAUUGUGAAACGAAAUCGGCAUUACUGUUGGGAGCUUUAGCUUUGCAAGCUGAGUUUGGAGAAUAUAAUUCAAAGUUGUUUGGAAAAGAAUAUUUUCUUCUUGAACAUUACUUACCCUACAUUUGCAUCAAACAUCUAAAAAGAAGUGAAGCCAAAGAAACCCUCAUGAAAAAUCACGUUGCUCUGCAAAAAAUGCCAAAAGAUGUAGCCGAAUUGAAGUUUAUACAGGGCAUGAUGAAAACUCCUGAAUAUGGAUGUCAUUUCCAUCGUGUUUUGCUGGACAAAAGAAACCUCUCCUCCAUGAUUUGGUUAGGAGUCAAAUCAGUUGGUAUCAAUGUUUACAACAGUUGCAGCAGAAGAAGCAUUUGUCAAAGCUAUCCAUGGGAAAAUAUAAGAAGAAUUUCAUUCUCCAAGAAAUAUUUUUGCAUUGUUCCUAAAACUGAAAACUAUUUAGGAAGACACGUGAUCUACAGAUUUUAUACUUCUGUUACUCAAAGGUUGUUACAUUUUCAAUAA